AUGCUUCAAAGUGGGCAAACUCAACUUGUUGCCCCUUUUCAGGCGAAACCACCAGCCCACUUCUUACACUUUCCCCGUUCCGGGCGCAAAACAAAAGUGUCUUUGCUCCUUUGCGUUCUGCUCAAACACGAGUCCCUUUGUGCCGUUGAGAGUUGCCGAUUGCGCCACACUUCUACAGCUCGGCUGAGACGAGAUCCCGUUAAUCCGCCGCAGCCCAACAGCCCUAGCAACCGGGACUAA